UUUGAUCAGUAUUUCCAGGUCAGGGUCUCCGUUUCCUGUGCGGCUUGUUUGUAUUAAAAAUGGCCGGUGAUGGAGGCGCCCUAAAGGAUAUCAAUGAGAUUAAAUCCCAGUUCCGGACAAGAGAGGGUUUUUACAAACUGCUUACCCUCUCGGAUUCACAACAACGGGGUGGGAUAACCCGGGGCCCCUCCACGAGUGCAGCGGUGGGUCCCGGGGCUGGAACGGGAUCGAUACCCGGUGGUGGCGGUGGAGGUUCAGUUCAGGGGCCCGGGUCUGCUUCCUCUGCCACCGCCGCAACCAACUCUUCUCCGGCCGGUUUCCUGCCCCCGGUUAGGGUCUCAAUGGUAAAGCUUCAGCCGGAAGACCCGGGUGAAGAAUCUGAGCGAGUAUGCUUCAACAUUGGAAGAGAACUUUACUUCUACACGUACACAAACAUAAAGAAGGCUGUGGACCUCAGCAAGCCCAUCGACAAGCGCAUCUACAAGGGCACCCAGCCCACCUGCCAUGACUUCAACCAGUACUCGGCCACAGCCGAGAGCGUGUCCCUCAUCGUGGGCUUCUCGGCCGGCCAGGUGCAGUACCUGGACCCCAUCAAGAAGGAGACCAGCAAGCUCUUCAACGAGGAGAGGUUGAUAGACAAGUCCAAGGUGACGUGCCUGAAGUGGCUGCCCAAGUCGGAGAACCUGUUCCUGGCGUCCCACGCCAGCGGGCACCUGUACCUGUACAACGUGGAGCACCCCUGCGGGACGGCCACGCCCCAGUACUCUCUCCUGCGCCAGGGGGAGGGCUUCGCCGUCUACGCCUGCAAGACCAAGACGCCCCGCAACCCGCUGCUGCGCUGGGCGGUGGGCGAGGGCGGGCUCAACGAGUUCGCCUUCUCGCCCGACGGGAUCCACGUGGCCUGCGUGGGCCAGGACGGCUGCCUGCGCGUCUUCCACUUCGACUCCAUGGAGCUGCAGGGCGUGAUGAAGAGCUACUUCGGCGGCCUGCUGUGCGUCUCCUGGAGCCCCGACGGCAAGUACCUGGCCACGGGCGGCGAGGACGACCUGGUGACCGUCUGGUCCUUCGCCGAGAGCCGCGUGGUCGCCCGCGGCCACGGCCACAAGUCCUGGGUCAACGUGGUGGCCUUCGACCCCUUCACCACCAGCCUGGAGGACGAGGAGCCCAUGGAGCUGAGCGGCAGCGAGGAGGACCUGCAGGGGGCGCUGCACUUUGGGCGGGUGCGCACAAGCAGCACCCUGUCCCGGCUCUCCAGGCACAGCUCCAAAGGCGGGGCCACCUCCGUCACCUACCGCUUCGGGUCCGUGGGGCAGGACACCCAGUUCUGCCUGUGGGACCUGACGGACGAUGUGCUGUACCCCCGGCUGCCCCUGUCCCGGGCCCUCACCAACACCUUCGGCUCCACCAUCCCGCCGUCGGUCAGUGGCGGCAGCAACAACCUGAGUGGUGGCGGCGGAGGGGGCGGGGCUGUGGAAGGCCACCACCACCCCUCCAACCCGCACCCGCAUCCACCCCUGCCCUUGCCCCGGUCCCUCUCGCGCUCCAACUCCCUGCCCCACCCGGCGGUAGCCAACGCCUCCAAGACCCAGGGGGGCACAGACGGGGGCAGCGGGGGCACCGGUGGGGGCGUGCCCUUCAGCAUCGGCCGCUUCGCCACGCUCACCCUGCAGGAGCGCAAGUCGGACAAGUCCGGUGGGGGCGGGGGAGGGGGGGACAAGGAGCACAAGCACUACCACAGCCUGGGCAACAUCAGCAAGAGCAACGACAAGAUCAACCUGGUGCCCCGAAACAGCCGCCUGGACGCUGCCAAGGUGCUGGGCACCACGCUGUGCCCGCGCAUGCACGAGGUGCCCCUGCUGGAGCCGCUGGUCUGCAAGAAGAUCGCCCACGAGCGGCUGACCGUGCUGGUCUUCAUGGACGACUGCAUCAUCACCGCCUGCCAGGAGGGCCUCAUCUGCACCUGGGCGCGGCCCGGGAAAGCGAACUUGACAGCACAGAAUGGGAACUCUCCCAGUGGCACGGUGGUAUAGCUGGGGGCGGAGCUCCGACCUUGCCCCUCCCCCUGGGCGGGGCCAGACUUGUGAAUAUGCUAAAGAGUCCUCCGGGGCAGAGACCACGCGGCAUUGCAGCGUAUCCCUUCUCGUCCCUCUCCCUUCUUUCAUCGCUUCUUCCACUCCUCGGAUAGACGACAAAAUGGCGGACCGCUGCCCUUCCCUGGAGCCGCGGAGGAGCUCACUGCGCUUUCUCUGCAAACACUACGAAAGCCACGGCCGUUGUAUCUUAUUUAUUUUAACACAACAGACUGUAGUAAUUUAUAUUGUACAUAUUCAGAAAACUAUAAAUCCAGAAGUCUAGAUGUAUGGAACUUAUGAGUCAGAGGAAGAAAACAAAAAAAAUUUAAUAUAUUAAAAAAAAAAAACACGUAUUGUAAAUAGAGAUGCAGUUAAACUGAAUGUCUGAGAUUAGGGAAAUCGAGUAAGUUGUGUCCUUUUGUGCUAGAAUUCCUCAAACUGUCAUGUCCAUUAAAGCAAACAUGUAUGGCACGUCUGCUAAGAAGUGUGUAUUCUGCAGUAUCAAUGACAGACACGCAGUGUACAGUGUCGUCUUUCCACGGUUUCCAUGCCCUUAACGGUGGGCCACUUGCUUUAUGGCCAGGCCUGUUCCAGCCAUUUACACACAGGUAUUAACAAACAGUAUCAGAAUGCACGCUACGUUAGUGUAUCACCACACAGGCUGCUAACGCCUACAUUGCCUCUUGCAAGACUUUGCACAUUAAUGGCUGACUCUGAAUUCGUAAAGAAAAAGGCAUAUGUGGUCUAGUGCUCUUCUGACAUACAGUAGCGCACGUACGACGAAAAGCCAAGAUAUUCAACCAAAAGCAAAAACGGUUCGUGUAUUCAUCAGCUACGCCGGUGUCCGCAAUGCACUGAAGCUGGACUGGUGGCCACGAUUAGAUGUGUGCCGUUAAAAGGAUGUAAAUCCCAGAUGCGUUCGCUCCUGUGUGAGUUUAGAUGACGCUGGCGGACGGACAGACAGUAAUAACGAGUGAAAUGCAGAGGAGACCCAAGCGAAGCAGUAUAGCCGUGUGUGUGUAGAGGACACCCGCGGCAUGACCGGAAAGCUCAGUCACAUUCUCGUUGCGGCUCGGUCUGAUCCCAGAGAGCCAUGUCCGUUUUGUGCGUGUUUGUGUUCUUCAUGACGUUUGGGUGCCAUUCAAGUGGGAGCACUAAAACGCUCGUAAAGAUUCCUUGUUGUGCAUCGAUGGCUACACUUGC